CCCCCCCCUUCUCCCCCCCAUAUACUUGUCGCAAAACAUACAUUACACUACGACAAUCACAUCUUAUCCAACAAGAGACACACACACACCAAUUUUAACAACAACAACGUCUUUCCGACUUCAAUCUUCACCGCCUCUCUCACAUCCUUCCACCCCCCGACAACCCAACCCCACAACCAUCCUUCUUCGCGCCAUCCGACAUCUUCCAUAGACAGAUUCAUCAUAUAAAAAGUCCACUCUGUUACACCGCUCACGCGAACAUGGUCUCGUUUUCAUGCGAGGGUUGUGGUGAUGUCCUCACAAAGAAGAAACUGGACUCUCAUGUGAACCAGUGCCGAGGUGCCUCAUUUACAUGUCUCGAUUGCAUGGUGCACUUCUGGGGCACCGAGUAUCGCAGCCAUACUAGCUGCAUCUCUGAAGCCCAAAAGUACCAAGGCGCGCUCUACAGACCCGAGAAGGAGAAGAAGGGAAAGAAUAACAACAAUGGCGCGAGAAAGGCAUAUAUUGAGGAUGCUCCCGAGGUUGAGGACCACAACUCCCACAUCGCUAUCGUGGAUGCGCCUCCGGAGGCCCCAAUGCCGCCGUCAGCCGCACCAGACUUCGAGCACCAGGAACCCGUAAAUGUCUUCGAUUUCUACGUUGGUGCGGAGACGCCCAACCCAUCGACCGUCAAUCUCGCCGCAGCAGAGCGGCGCCGCCUCGAAGACGCUGCGCCUCCGACCCCGAGUCCAGCAUACGCGAACGGCUCCGGAGCUGUUGUUCGUUUCAGCCAGAUUGAGGAUGAAGGUUCCGAAGCGCUCGUCCAGUACGGCACUGGCCCAGUACCAACUGACGUCCGCACACCAGCACCUAAGGAACGCAAGUCGAAGUCCAAGGACAAGGUCACCUCCGCCUCCAAAUCCGACAAGAAGCGCAAGCGCCUCCAUGUCGAUACCUCAGCAACCUCAUCCGUCGACCGUGACCUCGAGAUGACCGACGCACCACCAGUGUUGCACUCAGGUCUCACCGGCGGCCUCCAGAAGAUGAUGGCGCGCGAUGGCGCCUUCCCACCCAGCCCAGACUACUCAGGUGACAACGUGGAGGCAUCGCCAGGUAGCCCACUCAAGCGCUCCAAGCGCACCAAGGAGACCAAGAAGCACCAUAGCGAGGGCGGAUUCGGCACAGCCAUCAUGCAAAUGAUUACCACCACGAAGAAGCCGCGGAAGAGCAGUAAAGAGCACAAGGAGAAGAAGGAGCGUAAACACGACGAGGACCGCCCGAGGAAACAGUCGCGAACCAAGCACAGGGAUGCCGACCAGAAGAUGAUCGAGUACAAGUCCUCGGCGGGCGCCUCGCAAGACCCAGGCCAAAUGGUGGUGUUCAAGGCGUCUGAUGGCCCGGAGGAGCUCGCAGGGAUGCUCCUCGGAUUCGUGAGCAAAGGCCCAGGGAGCGAGCGCGGCGUCAGCAUGAACAAGGCUCUGAAGAGGUAUCAUCGCAUGAGGGCAUCCAGCGGACUCGGAGCUGGCAAGGGUGCAGAAGAGAAGGAACUGUGGAAGAGCUUGAGGAUGCGGAAGAAUGAUCGGGGAGAGAUAGUGUUGUUUUUCUAGGAUCCCUAAGAUUUCGAAUGGACGAGGGAAAGCAUUUUACGGCCGACCGAUCGAUCGAAAGUUUGAUUCUUGUGUAUACAUCUCUUUAGUACUAUCAUCGUCACGAUUCGUGCGAGCGGGUUGGGUUAUCGACGCAUUGGAGCGUGCGCUUCUUGGUACCUCCGUUUAAUAAUUUCGAACAUUUUCAUCCACGUUUUGUGAGUUUGCAUUUGCGUGUUUGUGUUGAGAGAACAAGUCUGGCACUCAGCGCAAGAACGGUUGGCAUGUCGGCAUUGAAAGGGGCUGUGGCGUUGUUGUACGGUCUAGGGCCACCCGGGGUUCGGAUGCAUUUCGUUGUCAUGGAUAAUAGAUACCAAGAUUUUCUCUGGCGUGGGAUUUCUAUGUAUGGUGUGUUCAAGGGCUUACUCCGUCUGGCUACGGAGCGAUAUCCAUGGUCAGUUUGGGGGCGUCUGUACUUGUUAUAUAUAGUAUUGAUAUUAUUCUGCUUGU